AUGCUUUACUUUCUCUGCACUCAACCAACUUAUACUUUUGCCCUAGCUUGUCUCAAACUCAUAACUUGUAGUGUGCAAUCUGGUCCUUGUGUUCGAUACCCGUUUACUACUUCUGACCUGUGCACUUGCAGAAUCAGGGAUAGGAAAGGGGAAGACCUGAUCCCGCGAUCAGUAAGCCUCAUUCGUAACCCUAAUCUGUGUCUGACCUUUCGCUCUCCGCUAGAGGCGAUUUCGUUGUCUCCGCCGAUACACAACCGCUGUCUCCGCCGAUUACACAACCCGCUGUCUCCGCCGAUUACACAACCCGCUUGCCGCCGGAUGUCAAAGCCGACAUUCCCCAGGAGAUUCUACACCAAAGGAGGCGAUCCGGACGCAGGGAAAAGCAUUUCCAGGUGUAGCAAGAACACCAAGCUCUUUGAUAGUCUCCGAAAGCUCCUCACCGACGACGAAUGGAAUGAAAUCAGUGACUCCAGGAUUGGUAUCUUCCUAAAGUUCCGUGACCUUCAAUUCGAGUGGGCUUCACGGAUUGCGCAUGCCAUGCUCUGUUUCCAGGUUGUAUGCAAGAAGAAGUAUGAGAUAUGGAGCGCUGUGGGGGCAAAUCCGAUAAGAUUUUCAUUGCACGAGUUCUCAGCCAUCACCGGCCUCAACUGCGAGUAUGUUGAGAACCUAGAGACACCUGAUGCUCCAGCAACGGAUGCCGUGUGCGAGUUCUGGGAGAGGUUGGGUGUCAACGUCGAGGUAGGGCCUAGCAUUGACCAGCUGGCUGAAGCUUGUGAGUGGGCAGGCGAGUGGCCAAGGGAGGAUAAGCUUAGAUUGGGCUACCUAGCCAUAUACGCAGGCUUCAUUCAGGCCCGUAGAUCCGCUGCCGAGACACCUGUCAAGCUAGCUAGGCUUGUGUUGGAUUUGGAGAAGUUUGAGGAAUACCCGUGGGGCCGAGUUUGUUUCUUGCAGCUCAUCAAGUCCAUUAAAGGAGUGGAUUUGGAGAAGUCGGGUUAUGUGCUGGAGGGUUUUAUCUGUGUUCAAAACGGCGAUAACCGCAAAAACCGGCCGAGAUAA